AUGAGAAACAAGAUAAUUUUCUUCUUCGUCUUGCUCUUCUUCUUCUCGGUCUUCUUUGUGAAACUUGGCAGAGGACAGAAAAACAGAAGAUCAAUCGUAGUCAAUGUUGGUGUUGUAACAGAUGUCGGGACUUCAUACUCCGACGUUGCCAUGCUCUGCAUCAACAUGUCUCUGGUUGACUUCUAUUCUUGUCGUCCUCAAUUUCAGAAAAGGCUUGUCGUCAACGUCGGUGAUUCCACAAACGACUUGGAUCACCAAGUAUACAUCGGGAGAUAUGACGUGGUUGUGGGAGAUACAACCAUACUGGCGAACAGGUCCUCUGAUGUAUAUUUCACAUUUCCAUUCAUUGAAUCAGGCGUGGAACUGAUCGUCUCAACGGAAGACUUAGUGAAGAGAGAGUUAAUCUAUAUUUUAAAACGUCCUUUGUCAUGGAAACUAUGGUUGACUUCCUUUGUCUGUUUCUUCUUUACGGGCGUUACGGUUUGGAUUGUUGAACAUAGUGUUAACCAAGACUACUGUGGACUGGCUAAUUACCAAGUUAGUACUAUGAUAAGCUCUGGAGCCCAUAUAUACGGAGGAAGAAGGAGUCUAAAGAGAAGAGAGAGGAAGUGGAAGAUGAGGUGGCUCAAGAGAAGAGUUGUAAAAUGA